AUGGCGGCAGGUCUCAGCGCCCCCACCGUAUCCAAACCCUCCUGGUACGCCUCCACCUCUCUUCUCAUUCCAAAAUCAAUAACACAAGCCUCACUUUCCCUUCCUCCAAUUAGACACCAAAACUUUUUACACUACGGAUUAAAAGUUCCAAGAAAAACAAGCUUUGCUGUUUGUUUUGUAGUUGAAGAUCAAACGAAACCAAUUAGUGCCCAUCUCGAGAAUCAACAAGAAGAAGAGCCUAAAGGAGUCAAUAAAAAUCAGAUCUUGACACCUCGCGUGGCUGAAAGAUUGGCAAGAAAGCAAAAAGAAAGAGAUACUUAUUUGGUUGCUGCUGUUAUGUCUAGUUUUGGGAUUACUUCCAUGUCUGUUAUGGCUGUUUAUUACAGGUUUUAUUGGCUCGAGGGAGGGCAAGUGCCUUUGUCUGAAAUGUUUGGUACAUUUGCUCUUUCAGUAGGUGCUGCUGUGGGGAUGGAAUUUUGGGCAAGAUGGGCUCAUAAAUCACUUUGGCAUGCUUCUUUGUGGCAUAUGCACGAGUCUCAUCAUAGACCAAGAGAUGGUCCAUUUGAGCUAAACGAUGUAUUUGCCAUAAUCAAUGCAGUCCCAGCAAUUUCCCUUCUUGCUUAUGGUUUCUUUAACAAAGGCCUUGUUCCUGGUCUUUGUUUUGGUGCUGGUCUAGGAAUUACAGUGUUUGGCAUGGCCUAUAUGUUUGUUCAUGAUGGUCUUGUUCACAAGAGAUUCCCAGUAGGUCCCAUUGCUGAUGUCCCAUAUUUCAGAAAGAUAGCAGCAGCUCACCAGAUCCACCAUUCAGAGAAAUUCAAUGGUGUCCCAUAUGGCUUGUUUCUUGGACAUAAGGAAAUUGAGGAGGUUGGAGGCCUAGAAGAAUUGGAAAGAGUGAUCAAUGGAAGAAGCAAAUCAUACAAGGGGUUGUGA